AUGGGUCGACGGCCCAAAAACCCCAAGGACGUGGAGAAAGGCGGAGGAGGGACACCCGGCUCCAGGUCACCUUGCAUUGUGGGCUCCAUGAAGUGGCAUUCGUCUUCUACCAGCCGCACCGGUGUCGAGCGCGAUGAGGGACAUCUCACUCUGACCCAGGAAGCUCGCAACACGGAACGUUACACAGCCCGCAGAAGCCACCUCAAACUACGAUAUAACGAAGUACAAUUCGUUAGUGCUGGUGAUAUGCUGCCUGGAGACCUCAGCGUCCUCAACCACCAGAUAAAAAACAAUCCGGCUUCUGACCAGCCCAAUGCCGUCCCUUCCUCAACAGAUCCUGUCAUUCUGGGCCAAAACGAUGUGAAUGGCACCGUUGAAGAAACUAUGACCGGGCCAGAUGAAGAAGCAGCAAGGGGACGAGGAGGAGGAGAAAGCCUUGGAGAGCGAGAAAGGGGAGGAAAGGGAGAAGAAUCUGGGGUACAGCUUGACGUUGAUACAGAUUCCACGGAUAUAUUUUUCAUUGAUCGGGGGGGGGAGGAUCCCCAGGAGCAUCUGGAACCUAAGGACCCCGCCACAUCGCACAACACCCCUGCAGAUGCACAGCUGGACUCCAGCGAAGACGAGGUGGUUUUCACAGGGAGAGGCAAAAGCUUCCAUCCCUUCCCGGCCCCCUGCAGCGAGAAUUUAAAUACCAAUGACGAACGGGAAUACUGUACAGGCCACGAGUCUUCGCCCGGGAAACGUGAUAAGGGUGGUCAAGAACCCGUGGUUUCGGAACCAGCCACUCCAUCCGAUAACGAAUCCGACCCCAUAAUUAUGCAUACCAUUGAUCCGGCGUUGUGUAAUAACCCUGCGUACCAACCUGAAUUCAUAAGCCUCGGAGGAAAUCUAAAGCGUUCCCACGCCCGUAAACAGAGAAAGCCAAAUUCACAGUGGAAUUCUGACGAAUCCGAAGUCUUGGCCGACUACAUCGCAAAUAUGACGGGUGGCCACUCCAAUGAGGAGGGUGAAGACAAAGAAGAAGAUGCUGGUGUGAGAGGGAUCAACGCUCAAAGCCAAACACACCAUGAUCGCAAAGCAUCAUGGAGUUCUGCAGAUCUUGAAGACUUAAACGACCUUAGCUCUUCCGAUGAACUGCCAGACGAGGUUUCGUGCGUCUUUUCCAUGAGGGAGAGGAAUCAGGGUAUCCAAUAUUUGCUUGUCGGGGUGGGUGAGAGCACAGAUGAAGCGCGUUGGAUUGGAAAGGAACUCUUGACAAUGCCUGGUGCGGCUGAAUCGAUUAAGCGUUUCGAGGAGAAGGUCGCGUCGAUCGAAUCUCGUCAGGAAAUGGACUCUGACUCUUCUUCAUCGGAUGGGAUGGGAGAGGAAGAAGACAAGGUUGAAGAAUUUGAACCCCAUACCACUGAACAGCAACUCGACUUGACAGAUGAGCAGAUGGCGCGUCUACUCCAAACCCAAGGGUCUUUUGGCUUGGGAACAAACGACCUCCUACUCUAUGACGAGAAUGAUGCCGUCGACGGCUUUGAAAAGGUGACAAGAUCGCAGUUCUCGUACACGUCUGUAUCCAAAUUAACGGUGCGACGGAACCGAGCUGGUCAUUUCCCUUCUGCCUCUGCUCUUGCGGAUGCCCUGGAAGAGGAUCCUGGAAUUGAUGUCAUGGCCUUUGACCGCACACGCCUAAAGAAUAAACUGAAGGGGCGCCGCCAUGCCCAUCAACAAGAUUUUGGUUUGUCUGACAGUGACAUGGCUAGGGAAUUGCACUUAACUUGGGAGAAUGACCGGAAUAAAAAGAAAACGAAGAGGCAAGAGAGAGAAGAACAAAGAUCAAGGGGCUUGUUGGGUACCGGGCCAGGGAAGGUAGAUUUGAAGGCAAAAUACCCUCACGGCAUGACCCUGGAUAAUGUCAAAGACGAAAUACGGAACUUCUUGGCAUCGCCAUAUCGGAGUCUUACGCUGCCUCCGAUGGACAAGAGAAACCGAAAGUUCGUCCACGAGAUCUCACACUCACUUUCCCUGAAUUCAAUAUCCCGAGGUAGUGGCGCGUCUCGCUUUCCGAUCCUUACCAAAACAGCCAACACGCCAGAUGUAGAAGCAAAUGAAAUUGGCCAUGUUGAGAGAUUAUUUUUUGGCGAUCGGUUUCUGCGACGAACGGAUAGACGCCAACGAGGCUCUGGGGGUCCGAAUUCCGCGGCCCAAUCUCGUGGCGCUAGUGUAAGAGCUGCGUCGUACAUGGAUGGGGACAUAGUUGGCGCAUCUGCACCGGAAAUCGGGGCGGAGAAUAAAGGCCGAGCGAUGCUGGAGAGGAUGGGUUGGAGUAGUGGAACUGCUCUGGGUGCCGCUAACAACAAGGGGAUAUUGCAUCCUGUUGUUCAUGUGGUUAAGAACACCAAGGCUGGUCAACUGGUGGCUCGGUUCUGUGAGCGCCACAAGGAUGUGAUCAAGUCGCUCUACCUGCGAAAUAUUGACCAAAAAUGCAAGAUUGCAGACAAUUCUGCAUACUUCAAGCAUUAUUUUGAUCUUCUGCAGGCAAAAAUCACGAAAUACAACCUUGAACCUGCGAAUAUCUACAACUUUGAUGAGAAAGGAUUCCUAUUAGGAUUCAUUCACACCCUCAAACGUAUUGUAUCGAUUAAUUUGCUCAAAUCGGGCCAUAUGAUAGGUGCCAGCCAGGAUGGCAGUCGAGAAUUCAUAACACUACUUGCCUCAAUUUGCGCAGAUGGAACUUCGCUCCCACCUGCUCUCAUAUAUCAAGGGGAAUCAAGAGAUAUGCAAGAUACUUGGCUCAAAGAUUUUGAUAGUGAAAAGGAUCAGGCCUACUUCGCUGCUUCAGAAAAUGGGUGGAGCAAUGAUGAAUAUGGGUUAACAUGGUUAAAGAAGAUCUUUGAACCUCUUACAAAAAAGAAGGCAGGCCGCAGAUAUAGACUUCUUAUAUUGGAUGGCCACUCAUCCCAUGUUAAUAUGGCAUUCAUCAAUUACGCAGAUCAGAAUCGAAUUCUACUCACUGUCUUUCCUCCCCAUUCUACACACCGAUUACAGCCGCUAGAUGUUGGGAUAUUUGGACCAUUGGGUAAAUCAUAUUCCAAACAACUGAAUGAACGAAUGAGAACUGGAAUGGGAUUCAUACGCACUACAAAGAGGUCUUUUUGGCAGCUUUUUGACACUGCGUGGAAGGAGGCAGUUACAUCUUCAAAUAUUGAAGCUGCAUUUGCUGCUACUGGCCUACAUCCAUUCAAUCCGGAACACAUUCUUAAAAAGCUUCAAAUACGACCUUGCACCCCCCCCCCCCCGACGCCAGAUAUCAACCAAGAACACCUACUUCUAUUGAGAUGUCGCAAGCGUGGCAGGGCAAUGGGGUUGCUAGAUCCCUUGAAUCCAUCAUUGGCGCAGUUCUUCUCGCUGGCAAAGGUGCAGAGCAUCCGCGAGAAUUUGGCGGCCUCAGAGGUUGCCAAAAGGGAUGAGCAAGCUCGUAAGGAGGAUGCAAAGCUGCAACGCACUAUUCUUAAGGAACAGAAGGAGGCAGAUAUCAUCCAGCAGAGGAUGGAGCGGGAGGCAGCUCGCCAGGCCACAAAACAGCAAAAGGAAAUGGAUAAGGCCGCAAGAGCUGCUCAACGGCAGAUUGACAAGGAACUUAGAGAUGAGAAAAAGGCUCAGGAGCAAAAAGAAAAGGAAGAACGAGCUGCCACCCUUGAUUUCGCAAAGAGUGGCUAA